AUGUCAUCAAUCGCCGGCUCCGCUUCGCAAUCCGGCAGCCUCUGGCGAGCCGCACGGAAGGAUCCCGAGAUCUACGGGAUGGCCUUCCUCGUGCUGUCGACAUUCAGUGUAUUCGGGUACUAUUUCGGGCGUCACAGCACUGCGCAGAUGCGGAUGGGCGAGGAGCGCAUCAACAUUGCCGAGAACACUGCGCCGUGGAGCGAGGGAGCCCCAGUCGAGAACUCGGACCGUAACAACUUCAAGUACAUGUACCACCCCGGCGGCGAUAUCAGGAAUGCCCCCAAGAAGGCCCCGAGCGCACUUAAUGCCGUGAUUGUCCCUGCAGUGACGUUGCCGAAGAGUCUCCAUGAGAGGUUCAAUAAGUAUGGGAAGGACAACUAUUAGCUGGGAACAGCUAGAGGGAUUCGGACAUAGGUAGAU